GUAGAUCGUACGCUACGUCAUAAAUCGUGUGGUGUGUAAUCACGUGAUACGCGAAAGUGAAAGUGUAGUACAAACAAUGGCAGUGUCCGACAAAAUCUAUUCUAUAAAGUUAGAGGAAACUGAUGUUCCUGGAGCGAAGUUUCGUUGUUCUGAUGUGUCAGAACAUUCAGUCGUUGAACUGAAGCGAUGGUUAGAAUGCAGGGGAAUGUUACAAGCGGGUACAAAACCCGAAUUAGUCAAAAGGUGCCUAGAAUGCAUAGAGUCCAAGAACACAGACAUCAUAAUUUCUGUGGAUGGGGGAAUCUGGUACGAGGAGAAAGUACGAGAGGUGUUAUCCACUGCCCGCAGUAAAUCAUCAGCUGAUAUGAUACCUCUUUUACCUACAAGUGGUUGGCAAAAAUUUCCUUCAGGGAGUAUUCCUAAAGGAUUCUGUUAUGGAAGAAUAUAUGAACAUAUAAUACUAACUGCCAAAGUAUAUGAGAAAAAAAGUAAAACAACGACGUCUGAUAGUGAAAGUGAAGACAAUUUGACAGACUUCAAUACUUCAAAACCGAUGGUGAAAGGACGUCAAUAUUUUGCCAGCGGCCAUGUAAAAGAUAUUAAGAGCAUUGCAAAAGGAUCUCCAUCUGGGAAAAUAUUGGAUGCCUCGUGUGAUUGUAAAGCUUCAGCAAUGGGACGAUGUAACCAUAUAGCUUCGUUAUUAUUUGCUUUGGAGGAUUACACAUUACAGUUUGGAUACGAUCCGGAUGCUUGCACUAGCAAGCUAUGUACAUGGAAUGUAGGACGGAAGGCUAAAAGGCAACCUCAGCCAUGUUAUUCCACAUCAUACAACAAAAAGUUAAAAGCGGAUAGGUACAGAAAUUAUAAUCCUAUGACUACUAAAUUGGAUGAAACUAAAUUUGCAAAUGAAUUUAUUGCUACAUUGCCAAAUUCUGGAUCAUUUUGUAUGUUUGACCAAAUAUUAGAAAUUGAAUAUAGUGAUUAUGUGGUUGACAUUAAAAAUUUAAAUGAAAGAACCAAUUAUUCUUUGAAUUUGAUCAAACAAGAUGCAUCUGAACCUUAUGAAGUCCCAAACACUGAUAGACAGGCUGAAUCUAUUAUGUGGCACAGCAGUCGCAAUUGUAGAAUAACUGCAUCUGUAGCAAAGGAAGUCAGUAGUGUUAAAAGCCCAAGGGCUAAAUAUAACCUUUUGGAGCGGAUUCUAUGGGGCAAAAAGCUUCCCCAAUUGAAAAGUUUAAAGUAUGGACAAGAAAAUGAAGAUAAUGCAUUUACGCAAUAUGUUAAUCUGAGUAAGGGAAACAAUGAAACAACAAGAAAAAGUGGUUUCUGGAUAAAUCCCGAGUACCCUGAAUUAGGAUGUAGCCCAGAUGGACUAAUCUAUGAUGCUAACAAUAAUCUUAUUGGUGUUUUGGAAAUAAAAUGUCCAUUAGUAUUGAAAGACAAAGACCCAUUAUGUAUAGAGAGUCUAAAGCCGUGUCAACGAUUUAACUUGUGUUAUACAAUAGAAAAUGGUAUCCUGUCUUUGAAAAAAAACCAUAAGUACUAUGCUCAGGUUCAAAUGCAAAUGGGACUUUGUAAUGUGAAAUUUUGUGAUUUUGUAAUUUGGUCUAGUGCAAAAACUUUGAUUCAGAGAAUCCAUUUUGAUGGAGAAUAUUGGCAUGAUCUCCGAGAUGAAUUAAUUUUAUUUCAUCAUAAAUGUAUGAUGCCGGAAUACCUAGAAAUGAGGAUUCCAAGAAAACUCUUGCCAGUAGAACUUUAAAUACAUGUAUAUAUAAUAUUGCAAGUGUUCAUCAGUGCAAAUAUUCAUACAUGCACCUGCAAUUUAUAAUGAUAAAGAGUAAAAUAAAUAAUGUUAUUAUUUUCUAUGAGAUACACAUAUGAUAUAUCAAA